AAACAAAGAUAAUCACAUAAGUACUAGUUAGAAAUAACAAAGAUAUUUGUCGUCCCAUUUUCAGAGAUAUGGAGAAACCUGCCUCUAAUCUUUUCUCUCCAACAUGUACUGAUGGAGAUAAUGAAUCCACUUCCAAAUCCUGUGCUGAAAAGAAGCUCAGGCUGUUCGGAUUCGAGCUUGAUCCAUCUAGGAAUGCUGAGACCUCUCUGAAAGGCUCCAUGGAAGGUGAUGAAAGUGUGAAUUCUUCAACCACAGUAUCCUCAGAAACUGACAACUUUGCCAAGGAGAAGAGAUCAGCAGGUGAACCAGAGGACAAGAAGUUUGAGUGCCAAUAUUGUUUCAAGGAGUUUGCUAACUCACAAGCAUUGGGUGGCCAUCAAAAUGCACACAAGAAGGAAAGAAUGAAGAAGAAGAGGCUGCAGCUUCAAGCAAGAAAGGCCAGCAUCAACUAUUAUCUCCAGCCUUUCCAAAACAGCCAUAGUUUCAGCUACCAUGGCUCAACUCCAUUGUUUCCUGAUCCAUCUAGCUAUGCUCCUGAUUUUACAAAUUACUAUGAAGAGUCCCAAAUCAGUUUUGGUCACCUUGAUCAAGAUACCCAUCUAAAAGAGUCCCAAGUAUCAAAUUGGCAUCCCUCUCCUGCCCACAUACCAUUACAGCAGGAUUCUUGUAGGUUUACCCUAACGUAUACUGAUCGAUCAUGGGAGAGCCAGCCUGUAAUAUUCAGGCCUUCGGCCUUGCCUGUUUCGAAGAAACUCUGUAAAACUUUAGAUCUUCAGUUGGGACUGAGCCUGCACUCCAGCACCUGAGCCUAAUCUUGAACUGGGAUGUAACAGUCUUAGUUUUCUCCUUAUGCACCAUAUCCAGUUACUCAAAUUCUUUAAUAACUAUCUUGCCAUGAAAAGCCAGUUUAGCGUUCAUAAUGACACUUGACUGCAUCUGUGUGGCAAUGGAUACAGAACUACAGCUGAUGGAGAGUCGGUUCUGGACAGAUCAAAGGAGUUAAAGCUGGUGAAAGCCACCUAAAAAGCUGAGCUGUUGAUUUUUCACCAGAAGCCAGGAUUUAAUCUUAAUUUGCUAAUGUUUAUGUAUUGUGUUUUGCUGCUUAGGACUUUUCAACAGUUUCUGUAAAUUGGCUGUUCCACUUUAGCCCAAAAUCCUUCCUCUCUAUCAUCAUCCACAGGGGGGGAGAGGGAAGAUAGCAAAACCCUGUUCAAUUUUGUAUCUCUUUGCCUUUGGAUUAAAGUUUUACUUUGCUCAUCCUUGUAGCCCUUUCUAGAGGUGGGGAGAUGGAAAAACAUUUUAAAAAUUGACUGAUUUGAAUCCAGUUUUCAAA